AUGGCCACAAUGACACGCCGCCAACAGCGAAAGACCACAGCGACGGCUAAGCUAGGGAAUCUGGACCUUCUCCUCGUCGCUCUACGAGCAGAGCUCGGCCCCGACUGGGGAUGCUACAAGGAACUCAUAGAGGGAGCCGUAGCCGCGAAGGCAAACGGCGAGAAUGUUUCCGCCUGGGUCGAUCAGACAGAGCCGCUGGUACGAAGCACCGCUUCGCAAUUCGCGCAUGAGGGGGUGCUGUUUCUGUUAGGCAUCAAGGUGGGUAGUGAAGCUUCUUCUGUCACCAAGGCCACCGACACGACCAACAACAUGUCCGCUCCACCUCCUGACGCCCGACGCCCACCACAACCAGUUGUCACCAAGGCCACCAACGCGACCAACGGCAUGUCCGCUCCACCUCCUCACGCCCGACGCCCACCACAACCAGUUGUCACCAAGGCCACCAACGCGACCAACGGCAUGUCCGCUCCACCUCCUCACGCUCGUCAUCCACCGCAACCAGUACAGCCCUCAGCCAACAUGCAGAGCAACUUCAAUCCCAGCUGGACACCCAUGCCCUCACCCGGUCCCAGCAGCUACCCACCGCCGACACCAACCUCCGCCGCAUCCAGGAAAGGCUCAACCGCCAACGUCGCUUUCCAAGGUCAAAAGAAGGCCACCGCGACACAGCCGCUCAAAUCCGACUGGUUCGGCGGUUACGUCCUUCACCAAGAUCCCGCCUUCCGGCGCGACGUAUUCGAAUUCUUUGGCCACACAGUACCCGACAAGCCCGAUCCGAAGCACCACGACCAGUCAGAUGUAUCGUCCGUGUACAAGGCUGCGGAUGACGAUCUGGCGGUCUGGAGGGCGGGCUCUGGGGCUGAGGGCGAGGUGAAGGACGACGGCGCGGAGAACGUCAAGGACAGGAUCAAGAUUGUGGAAGAUGCGAAGCGAGAGCGUGUGCGAGAAGGCUUGCGAUACAAGCUCUUCGACAAGUUGGAUUGA